AUGAAGCUCACACUUACCACCCUCCUCCCCGCGGUCCUCCUCCCCCUCGCCUCCGCCCAAGUCCUUAGCGACACUUCCAACGGCCAACUCCCCCAGUGCGGUCAAUCAUGCUCCGUCCUCACCCAAGCCCAAUCAGCCUGCGGCGGCACGUCCGCCGAUGACGCCCAAGCAUGGUCCUGCUUCUGUCGGCAAGUUUGGUCUGGUUCCGGGGGCGACCUGACCACCAUGUGCGCAAACUCGUGCUCCAGCCCCAGCGACAACACCCAAGUGAGCCAGUGGUACACGCAGAACUGCGGGAGCGACAACGGCGCUUCUGAGCAUGGAGGUGGGAGUAGCAGCAGUGGAGGUAGCAGCAGCAAUGGCGGAAGCGCGGCAGCACCUGGCUCUUCCUCAUCCUCCUCUCCGAGCACGCCCAGCAAUACCGCCAACGCUGGGACCUCCGCCAGCGACCUCGAUGACCAAGGCUGCAGCGAUUGGUUCGACUGCCAUUGGAAAUGGGUCGUCAUGAUCAUCGUCCUCGCCAUCGGCCUCACCGCCCUCGGCGUCGGCGGCCGCUGGCUCAAGAAACGCCACGACCGCAAGCAAGACGCCAUCACCGCGGGCUUCAACACCGGCAUCACCACCCGCAGCAACGGGCCCGAGAACCCGCCGCCCAUGAGCCAGGCGCAGGACCCCUCGUUCGUCGGGAGCGGCGAGAUCGAGCCGGCGGGUGGGAGGGACAGCCCGGUCCGGACGCGAGACGCGUUUAUGCCCUACGGCUACGGGUACACGCGGAGUGAGUCCCGAAACGCGAGCGCCGGGUUCGAUCGGGCACAGAGUCCAUUGGCGCGAGGCACGACGCCGGUGAAUGAGCUGGAGAGGGGGCAGGGAGAGGCGAGCAGGACGCCGGCGAAGAAGAAGCGCAGGGUGUUGGUGCGGGAGAGGAGCGGGGAGGAGGACGCGAGAUAA